AUGGCGCUGAUGUUAAUGCGCAAGCCUGACACUAAUCGCGCCCACGAAGAUAUUGCUCGGCUGCUCAUCAACCAAGGUGCCGAUGUAACUGCUCAGUUUGGUAGCCAGGCCAAUGCCUUGCAGGCAGCCUCGUCAGCAGGCCAUCUAAGCAUGGUCAAGCUUUUGAUUCACCAUGGCGCUUUGAUCGACGUACCAGGCGGUUUUUAUGGCAGCGCAGUCCAGGCUGCCUACUGGAAAGGUAUCGAGCAAGUUGUGGAGGCUCCACUUUAA